AUGGCCACGGCCACGCAGCGGGCCGACGAGGCCACGGCCAGGGCGGGUACUGCAGAGGUGACGCUGGGCCAGAAGAUGCUGUCGGCCGUGUCCGGCAGCAUCCUCACCUCCUUGCUGGUCACGCCGCUCGACGUGGUGCGGGUGCGGCUGCAGUCACAAGAAAUGGUCGCGGCCAGCCAACCGUCACUCAAUUCGCGCGCUUUGCAUGGUGCAAGUCUUGUUCAAUUCCGCGAUAUGCCCCCAAACAUGGGCAUCUCGGCCUGCUGUCGUGAGGUCUUCUGGAUGAACAACAAGGCGCCCUUUUGCGUUGCCGGGCCUACACUGGCGCCCAUCAACCCCGCCGAUGUCGCGUGUGCGGUCGAGCAGGUGCAACGGCGGACCAUCAACAGCACCUGGGACGGAUUGCGUAAGAUUGCCCAGAACGAGGGCCCCCGGACGCUCUGGCGGGGCCUCUCACCUACGCUGGUCAUGGCCGUGCCAGCCAAUGUCAUCUACUUUGCCGGCUACGACUGGCUGCGCACGGCGCCGGCCUCGCCGCUACGACAGCACGUAGCAGACGCCUAUGUACCGCUGGUCGCGGGUGCCACGGCUCGGGUGCUUGCUGCAAUCGCCGUCAGUCCUAUAGAGAUGUUCCGCACUAGAAUGCAGGCUGCCAACCACACUGCCACCGCCGCGGGACACUUCCGUGAGACCAUGGACGGACUGCGCGACAUGGUCGCCUCACAAGGCGCAUUCAGCCUAUGGCGGGGCUUGACUUUGACACUGUGGCGCGACGUACCAUUCUCGGCCAUAUACUGGUGGGGCUACGAAGCCACACGCGACGUUCUGAUCGACCAACGAGGAAGAAGAGAGGCCAAAAACCAUGGAAGCGAGUUCCGCAUCGGAAGCGCAGAGGAAAGAGUCCGCCGACGAACCCGGUCACGCAGUCAGGAGGAUCAUAGAGCCACGUUGAUUGACAGCUUCAUUGCGGGUGCUGCAUCAGGAGGUGUCGCUGCUUUUGUAACCACGCCCUUCGAUGUAGGCAAGACACGGCAGCAGGUUCUCCGCCAUACAGGAGAUGUCGUCAAGAAAGCUGCCCAGAUGGCACGCCCUGAGGAGCAAGCUAUGCCUCGAUUCCUCAUGCACAUUUACCGCGAGCAAGGUCUCCCAGGCUUGUUUAAAGGUUGGUCGGCACGAUGCCUCAAAAUUGCACCUGCGUGUGCUAUUAUGAUCAGUUGUUAUGAGUUCAGUAAGAAGGUGGCUCUCGAUAUGAAUGAACGAAGAGAACGAGAACGAGAACGGGCAUGA